AUGGACCUUGACUCCGCCGUGAUAUUCGGGAGCGCGUUCUUUACCGCCAUGGCGCCGGACGCCUCUGCAGGCGGGGGUGGUGGUAGGAGGGUCGAGGUGGAUGGGGUGGACAACUUGGAGGAUCGAGAUGAGGAAUUUAUUCUGAUAUAUAUGAUACUAUUUGAGAAACAGCAGCAGCGUGCCGAGCCUGACCAGAGGGGCGAGGAGUGCUCCCUUGCUGCCGCUGUCGUCACGCCGCCGCCUGCACCUACUGCCGAGGGGGAGUGGGAGGGGCAGGGCGAGUCCGGGGCCGGGGCGGCCUGCGGCGACGACCAGCAGCAGCGUGUUGAGUCGGACCAGAGGGGCGAGGAGUGGUCCCUCGCUGCCUUAUCUGGCUGGAUGCAGCUCGGCGACACGCAUGCCAUGCUCGGCCGCAUGGACGAGUCCAUCGCCUGUCAUGGCAAGGGCCUCGAGAUCCAGAUGGCUUGCCCGGCUUGGCUGGCUGCAGCUUAUCUGCAGCUGCAGCUGCAGGAACUCCUCUCACGAGUACUGUAG